UGUAACGAAUUCGCCAGAAAAUGGCGAACGAGUGGCGAAAAUAAAUUUCUGGUAUUGCCGCUGGCGAAAAAACGGCAUUCGCUUCGACAUUACUGUCAAAAUUUAACGAAUGCAUUUUUUAUUCGCUAUUUGAAAUGGAAAGGACAACAAAACGUACAACAACGCAGCAAUUCCAAAAAUUGGUUGCGUUAAUGGAAAAUAAUCCGGACGUCGCCAGAGGAAUGGGGAAUUUUGGAGCGACAAAGAAAAGCAGGGCAGAGCAAUGGGACCUGUUCGCUUCCGAACUCAAUGCCAUUCGUCCACCAUUGCGAAACGGGCGCGAGUGGAAUAAGGCUUGGUUGGAUUAUAAACAGAAACUAAAAAAAAAAAUAGCGACAAACCGACGCGAAACUGUUGCCACAGGAGGAGGACCUUAUGCUCAGCAAAGUUUAUCUCCAUUGGAGCAAAGUGUGGAUGAGCUUCUUCACCUUCAGGCGGCUGUACAUCCUACAGGCUUGGCAUAUGGCUCUAAUGAAAUAGAAAGUGCGGUAAAUUGUAGAGAAAUUCAGCCAGAAGAGCGCACGACCGAGGAAACACAACGAGCCAUGGAUUUGGCUUCGCAAUCCUCAAGCAGCCGUCAUAGAAUGACAGUGGAGGAACGUGAAGUAAUUCGGAUGAAAGCGUUGGAAAAGCAAGCCGAAGUCCAAGACAAUCUUUCCAACAAAAUGGCAAGAAUGGAAAAAAAAAAUUGAUGAAGUUGCAAGGUAUACAAGAAAAAUAUAUGAAUUGAAACAGGAAGAAAUU